CAAACCCUCUGCAUUUGCAUCAGCGGAGGAGCCGAGAGCGGUGGCGUACUGAGACACGGACCGGAAGAAAAACUUAUAUUAGAUCAACCAGGACUUUUCUGCAUUAUUCUUUAAAUCCCUUUGACAUUUCUGGAACUGCUUAUUUUUCCCCUCACACUUGCCGGAUUUCACACGUGACAGCGCUGAAUGAAAGGCAGCGAGACAAGCGAAGAGAGCAGCGGGGAGUAGGCUAGUGUGCACGCGGAGAGGAGAGCGAGUCUCCGGGCAUCGGCUGUGCGUAUUUGCGCGCUGGGGACCUAUAUGACCGAUUCCGACUGCGCUGUGGUUCUCCCCCGCUGUAAGAAAUAAGGAUUUUGGGGUGGAAAUAACUUGACUUUCUCCUGUGGGGCUCUUGAGAAGAUCUGCUGUCAUUUUUGAACAGAAUCGCAAGAAGCCUAUCGGAUCACUCUGCUCCACGCAUGUUGGAAGUGGUGAGAGGAGAGCCGGAUGUCUGCGGGUUUGCGAGUCCUCAAGACGCAGCCGAGGAUUACCUCCAUCCAGGGCACACUUUAAAGGAGUAAGGACACAAUAAAAAAAGGAGUGUGAAGUUUCUUCUUAAAUCUUGGCUUCUUUGAAGAGGGUAUGGCACGGUCGUUGCUGGAGAGAGGAGCGCAGCCGGCGCUGGAAAUAGGAAACAGGAGCUGAAUGACAGGAUGCCAGCGACCUGAGUCCGCUCUCAACUUCGUUAAAAGAGACACUUCUGCUUUAUUUUCUCCAGUUCAGAGAAGGAGAGAAGAUACUUGCCAAAAAAAACCUGUUGGAGGAGUUUAAUUUCGGAGUUUUUUUUGUAUGCAUAAUUUUAUUUUUGUGGAAAGGAAACAAGGAUGCAUUGUGGAUUAGUCUUUAUCCUGUUCAUGGGAAUCCUUUUGGUGGUCAAGGCUUUCAAAAACGAUAAAUGUGGAGACAACAUCAGAAUCUCAACGGCCAACUACCUCACCUCGCCCGGAUACCCCCUCGCGUAUCCCCCUUCACAGAGAUGUGUGUGGGUGAUAUCGGCGCCUGGUCCUCACCAGCGGAUCCUCAUCAACUUCAAUCCGCAUUUCGAUCUGGAGGAUAGGGAGUGCAAGUAUGAUUAUGUGGAGGUGCGGGAUGGUGUGGACGAGAGCGGUCAGCUCGUGGGGAAGUACUGCGGGAAGAUCGCUCCCUCUCCGGUCGUCUCCUCCGGAAACCAGCUUUUCAUCAAGUUUGUGUCUGACUACGAGACGCACGGAGCCGGUUUCUCCAUCCGAUAUGAGAUCUUUAAGACAGGUCCCGAAUGCUCCAGGAACUUCACCUCCAACAGCGGUGUCAUAAAGUCACCUGGUUUCCCGGAGAAAUAUCCGAACAACCUGGACUGCACUUUCAUGAUCUUUGCCCCCAAGAUGUCUGAGAUCAUUCUGGAGUUUGAGAGCUUCGAGCUGGAGCCCGACCCGACGCCCCCUACUGGUGUUUUCUGCCGCUAUGACAGACUGGAGAUCUGGGAUGGAUUCCCUGGAGUCGGUCCAUAUGUUGGGAGAUACUGUGGGCAGAACACCCCAGGCAGGAUCAUCUCAUACACAGGCAUCCUGGCACUAACAAUCAACACUGACAGCGCCAUCGCUAAGGAAGGCUUUUCGGCAAACUUCACUGUCAUCGAAAGAACCGUUCCAGAGGACUUUGACUGUAGCGACCCUUUGGGGAUGGAAUCAGGAGAGAUCACAUCGGACCAAAUCAUGGCCUCGUCGCAGUACAACCCCAGCUGGUCCCCAGAGCGCUCCAGGCUAAACUACUAUGAAAAUGCAUGGACUCCGGCAGAGGACUCGAACAAGGAGUGGAUACAGGUGGACCUUGGGUUCUUGCGGUUCGUCUCGGCCAUAGGUACACAGGGCGCCGUUUCCCAGGAGACGCACAAAAUUUACUUUGUCAAAUCCUACAAAGUGGACGUCAGCUCCAAUGGAGAGGACUGGAUCACUUUGAAGGAAGGCUCCAAACAAAAGGUUUUCCAAGGCAACACCAACCCAACAGACGUUACCAAGACAAUGCUGCCCAAACCCACGCUGACGCGCUUCCUGCGGGUCCGUCCCGUUACCUGGGAAACAGGCAUCGCACUGCGCUUCGAGGUGUAUGGGUGUAAGAUAUCAGAGUACCCAUGUUCGGGCAUGUUGGGCAUGGUAUCAGGAUUGAUCACGGACAGCCAGAUCACUGCCUCCUCCCAUACGGACCGGAGCUGGGUGCCAGAGAACGCCCGCCUGUUAACCAGCAGGACGGGGUGGACCCUGCUGCCCCAGCCCCAGCCCUUCACCAGCGAAUGGCUGCAGGUGGAUCUCGGCGAUGAGAAGCUGGUGAAAGGGAUGAUCAUCCAGGGAGGGAAGCACCGUGAGAACAAAGUCUUCAUGAAGAGGUUCCGCAUCGGCUACAGCAACAAUGGCUCCGACUGGAGGAUGGUGUUGGACAGCAGUGGCAACAAGCCAAAGAUAUUUGAAGGGAAUAGCAACUACGACACUCCUGAGCUGAGGACGGUGGAGGCCCUGACGACUCGUUUCAUCAGAAUUUACCCAGAGAGGGCCACUCCUGCUGGCAUGGGCCUACGGCUCGAGCUCCUGGGCUGCGAGAUUGAAGCUCCCACACUCCCUCCUACCACGGUAGUUCCAAGCACCACUCCGUCGGACGACUGUGACGACGACCAGGCGAGCUGCCACAGCGGCACAGGUGAUGACUACGACGUGACAGCGGGUACCAUAAUUCCAGAGACCACUACUGCGGAAGUGGAUACCAUCCCAGCUUUUCUGUGGUUUGCCUGUGACUUCGGCUGGGCCAACGACCCGUCCUUUUGCAGCUGGAUAUCAGAGGACACUGGCUCCAGGUGGCAGAUCCAGUCCAGCGGCACCCCCACCUUAAAUACCGGACCUAACAUGGACCACACAGGCGGAUCGGGGAACUUCAUCUACACCUUGGCGACGAGCCCCCAGGAGACGGAGGUGGCUCGGCUGGUCAGCCCCGUGGUCAGCUCCCCGGACUCAGACCUGUGCGUGUCCUUUUGGUAUCACAUGUUUGGGCCACACAUUGGCACACUACAUAUUAAACAGCGCAAACAGACCGUUGACGGACCGGCUGACAUCCUGCUGUGGACGGUCAGUGGUCACCAAGGGAACCGCUGGAGAGAAGGUCGUGUCCUCGUGCCACGAACCAACAAACCCUAUCAGGUGGUGCUGGAAAGUCUGGUGGAGAGAAAGAGCUGGGGGGACAUUGCUGUUGAUGACAUUAAAGUUCUCGAUGGACUCAGCAUGGCGGACUGCAAAGAUCCUGACGUACCCACCGAGUCGAUGCUGCCAGAGGACCGCCUCAAUGAAAUCCUUGAAGACAUCACUGAGUACCCAGACUUUGUGGAGACCAACCAGAUCAGCGGAGCAGGCAACAUGCUGAAGACGCUCGACCCCAUCCUCAUUACCAUCAUCGCCAUGUCCGCUCUGGGGGUCUUUCUGGGGGCCAUCUGCGGCGUGGUGCUGUACUGCGCCUGCUCGCAUGGAGGCAUGUCGGACAGGAACUUAUCAGCCCUGGAGAACUAUAACUUUGAGCUAGUGGACGGCGUUAAGCUAAAGAAAGACAAACUCAAUGUACAGAGCUCAUACUCGGAGGCGUGAGGAGGGACUGAAUGCAUCAUGUGACUGUAUCACGUGCAGAGCGUGCACAAGACUGGCUGUAGGCUUAUCCUCUCGUAUCUCCACGAGAAGGCAGGCUCAAAGGACUGCCAACACCCUCAACACUCUGGAUGAGGGACAGGUUCAGGAACCAAUGGGAGGUUUGGACUGAUCCACGCUUUUCUCAGGAGCUGCAGUAAAAAUAACCUACCAGUAGGGGACACUGUGUACAAAUAAACAUACAGAAAAAAAUAUGUACAGAUGAUUUAGAUGAUAUUUUAAUUUUCUAUUUUGAUUUUCAUUCAUUUUUACAAUCGGAUGCUGGUGUUGAGACCAAUUUAUUAAUAAUGUUUAAAGUAUUUAUCGUUUUCUGGGAAAGAAAUUUCUUUUUUUUAUUAUCAGUUCAUGAAGGCUGUUUAUUUUCAAGUUCGGAAAGAGAUGUAUCAAAAUGAACCAUAUCCGGCAAAACUGUAGAUGUGCCCAAUGAUGAGCAUACAGGGUGGGCUCAUAACCCUUGACCCUGAAACAUGUACUCUCUCCCCUUUGACCUCUGUCACUCUAAAGUGAGGGUCCCAUUCAUGGCAAUGUAUGGUUCUGACAGUGCCUUUAGUACAUUUCGGUUGGCCUCCUCUGUUGAUGUGGGCGGGGUAUUUUUUACUGUACUUGGCAAAAGUUAUGAUGACAGGAAACAGGGGUACAUUAUCUUUAAUACCUGGCAAACAAGAUAUCAGUCACAGCGCUUUGUUUUGUUUUUUUCUGUCCAAAAAACCAUACACUGUAAAUACGUUUUAAUAUAUUUUAUUGCCCUUUUUAAAGAAAGGAAAAAGGAAAAAAGCUGCAGUAUCCCUUUUUUCAUGGGUGUGUGUGUGUGUAAAUACAAUCUUCUGACUGUUUUUUGUGGAAGAUGCAGUGUUAUGGUUUUCUAUUUUAGAUUACUUUGCUCAGAUGAGUAAUAUUUGUGUGAUAUUACAGCGAUUUCAAUGUGCAUUCAAGCCAUCUGUCACGAAAACACCCACUUCACCAAAACCACCACAGGAUGAAUUAAUCAAAAGGUAACAACAACAAAAACCGAAUCUCUCAUAUCUUCAUCAGAUCUCUGCUUCGAAUUUGAUUGAUCCCCAGAACAUUUUAAUAACACAUUCACGACAACGGCAAAGGAGGUGGUGAAAUAUAAAUAUCUGCCAGCAUACCAAAAAACAAUCAUCAUUACUUUGCUUUAGCUCAGAACUAGCUUCUCACCUCCAAACGUCACUGUGGAUUGUUCACUGAUGAAGUGCCCUCUGGACAAUGCAGCUUGAAUGCACUUUGUUAUUGAUUCCCCCCCGAUAGGAGCCAAUUAAAAGAGGGGUAAACACACUAACUGAAGAAUGGUGCUAUCAUUCCUUUAGCCAGACACAUUUGUCUGAAGAUAAACCCAGUUUGUAUUGUUCACAUGCUGUAUUGUAGCUUAAGGCCUUUCUCGGUCCGCAAAGAAUUUGUACGUGUUUCACGUGUAGCAGCCAUAACGUUGUGAUGUCAGAGCUGAUGUCAUUAGGACGGGACACUGGUACAGCGGGGGGAUCGAGUGGCGUCACCUGAAUCAGGUCACCUGGCUCCCUGUGUGUGGCUAUACCAAAGGAUGGUCGCCCCCUUCUUUCUCACCGGGGGUUUUCAUGUACAGGUCAAUAAUGGUCAUCACUCACAAACUUGCUCGGUCAAAGCCCCCCAAGAAGAAAUCAAGAGGGGGAACGCUUGUAGAGAAAAGCAAUGUGUGAUGCUCUUUUUUUAAUCUCUUUUUAAGCUUAAAAGAAGUGCAGCUGUCACCUCAAUGUGAACUCUUUUGAAUCUCUCUUGUUUGCUGAUGGAUGGAUGGAGGGGACAAUCCCACCACUAGACGCUUCAAGGGGAACUCCCUGUGAGAUUGACAAUUUCAGGACACAAUGGCGCAAGGGACCGGAACUCUGUGGUUUUUCCACACCACAAUAAAACAAUCAAAAAUCCUGAGAAGGGUGACGUCUUUCACAUCCGUGUGCUUUGUAAUGAACACAUUCUCAGCUUGUUCAUUUCAGAUUUGACCUCCCACUCCUCUCGACACCUUUUGUCUGCGCUCGCAGCUACACGGAGGACUGUAGCUCCAGCGACGUCUGCUAAACUAGAGAAAACGGAUACUGUAGCGUGGACUCAAAACAAACAAUGUUGCACUGAUAAAUAUAUUUAAGAGGUUUAUGUGUUUAUAGCAUUUCUUUGCAAAAAAAAACCCAGAAGAAAGUCAAAAACACAAAAAACACGUGUUCAUUUCUUUCCUCUUUUUUAUAAAUCUAUAUAUAUAGUUUCAGAUUAUGUGAUAUAAUUCUGAAAUGUAAAAAAUAUUAUGAUGUUUUCAUUAUUGAAAAAGGCAUAAAAGAUUUCCCAACAUUAAUGUCCCUCCCUCCAUUUACAUGGCAUAUUAGCGCUUCGUUUUGUACUGUCAUUCAAAUUUUGUGCAGAUUUUUGUUUGGUUUUUUACAAGAACAAGAAAAUAAGACUUUUAUUUUCAAUACUGCUUCUGUAAUUUGCUGUUGUAGGAAAAAAUGAAUAAACAGCAAAGCCUUAAAAAUAAAAAA